AUCAUCCCGAGCGCUAAAGCAAGGAGCUCGGUCUAGACUCACCGAGGAUGGAGCCAAAAUUCUUUGAAUACAUCAAGUUUAACGGAUUUUUUAUUUUAAGUACAUCAGUGUUUUUCGUGAUAUUACACAUCAACCGUUGGUUUCUGGAUUUGAAACAAUGGAUCCACGAGAUCAACGACGAAGAUGAUUCAAUGGGCCGCCAGCUAGUCACAGAUGGCAUAUUUCUGAUAGUGUGGCUCAUCUCGACGGCAUUGCUCUUUACAGCUCUUUGGCGGGAGGUGACAAAUCUGCUGUACCCGAUCGGCAUCUUCCUCGGAAUAGAGACUCUGAUUGUGGUCAUCAAGGACGUGUUCUAUUGGUGGCAAGGUGAUGCUGACGAUUGCUUUCUGCGCACUAGUGAAGAUGCGAUCGUUUGGCCCGCCGGGCUAGUGUACUUCUACUACACCCUGUAUAUCCUUGGAAAACUAUUCAAUCUGAGGAAUCGCGCAUCAUCCGCUCUUCCCGCAUCGAGUUCGGGAGACGCUCACUGCGUAUAUCCGCUCCCGGUGGUGGAACCGCGGGCCACGUUUACUGAUGAAAGCGUCUGACGAUUUGUGAUGCAUCCUCCAUCUGCGCUUACUGUAGGGAGUUGUUUACUGUCGUUUGUGCCGUCGUAGAAAUGCAACAUCAGUGUGUCAAGGUAUCAAAUCGCACAAGUUCCCACCUAAAUGUAUUGAAGCCCGUGAGCAAGCGAUUUGCUGCUACUUACCACUAUAAUACCAGUGAUGAAUCAAUCGAAUAUAUUAUGUAU